AUGGACCCAGUUGUAUAUUGGGGGACAAAAACACAGAUUCUCAAACAAUCAGUCUUCAUAUCUGUCAAAGGUUUCCAGAUGGAUACUUCAAAAAGCUUGAUGAUUCUUGCUGCUUUCUUGAUAUUUACUGAGCUUCUAUGGAACCACACCCUUUCAUUACAGAUUCACUCUGUAGAGAAAGAAAAAAAUACACCUGCAAAAGCAUUGAUUGACACAAAUGAAAAAUCCAAAGACAUAUCUGAUAUUCAUGAUUCCCAGAGAAUUUCAAGGAAAAGGCCUAGAGAAGACUCACAAGAAAUUGGCUUACAAACCCACCAUCCAAACACUAAACAAAAAGGCUUGAUGUGUUUGAAAGGCAAGUCAAUAUCAAAUCAUUCUGUUUCCAGAAUAAACCAUCUCAUUUUUUUCACAAACCCAUAUUCAGAAGAGCAUAUUGAUAAUGUGGAACAAGAGGAAACAAAGGAUGAAAAAUGGACUCAAUCUCUCAUACAGAACUUCCACAGUUGUACCUCACCAAUCAAAAAAGCUCACCAUUUGAUUUCUUUGCAAGAAGCAUCAAAGUAUAUGCCAACUUCCAUAAUCCAAGUGACAUGGUAUGGUUUAUUGACCGACACAACAUCAUUGAUUAAGGAAUUUGACAUAGGGGAUGUCUGUUGCUUAUAUGAUAAGUUGGAAUCACUGACCUUGAGCUACAAACUUGAAAUGAAGAAAAGGAUUGUCUCUGGGGGGCAAUAUGAACCUGGCAACAAGUUCAAAAGCAUUUUCACCAUGGAUGGACAAAGGAACCUUGGCACUUUUGGCAUCAGACUAGAGACAAAUUGGUCUGUAUUCCAAGAAAAUCAGUUGUUUGAAUUCUGGGCCCACUACUUAGAUAUCUACCUUCAAGUUUCAGGUACUAUGAAGGCUCUUCUGGAAACACAAGUUAUCAUGACCAAUUUGAUAAAGACAGAAGAAAAAGUGUCAAAUCUAUUGGAUAAAGUGGAAGAAUUGUUUCCAAUAUUUCCAGAUUGGUCCAAUGUUUCAAUACAAGAACACAGAGAAAGUCUUGUGAAUUAUAUCAGAUCUUUGGAUGAAAAGUACACCUCAAAUUCACAUUCAUGA